AAUGGGCUCGGAAAGUUGAAUUAAAAAAAAAAAAAAGAAUUAUUACCAGAGCAUAAUCCCCUAUCCAUCAAAUCACCGAAUAAUCUCGUGCACGAUUACUUCAGAAAAACAAAAUCAAGAAAAAAUGAACGGAAGAAAAAAAAGGGCUCUUUUGACGGAGGCUGAUCUAGUCCGUGAUUUUUUUUUUCAAAAUUUAUAUAAACCUUUUGCAAUUUUAAUGGUUUGAAAUUUUAACGUUAUACAAUUUGAAAUUGAAAAUUCACGAUUAGAUCAUUUUUCAUGAACUAAUGUAUUUUAUAUAUAGUCCGUAGUACUAAUAAAUAAAAAAGUGGGAAUCUGUGCAAUCUACAAGAAUCCCAGGUUGUAAAAUCAUAUCCGAUAAAAGUUAUACGUUAAAGCUCGAAACGGGUAGUUGUUCCCUAUUUGCUGUCACAUGAUUUACAAUUUCUCGAUAUUGUAUCGAGGCGCCUCGAAUGAUGUAUGGAUCGGCAAACAACGAUAAUCCAGCUUAAAUGCCGAAUCGAAUUUUAUUUGGAGUAGCCGCUGUUGACCGUUUGUACAGGUGUCUUGUAAGGGAAUUUUUGAGAAUAAUUUUGUUGAAAAAAAAAAAAAAAUUUUGCCAUGAGAAUUUUAUUUUGUCAAAAAUCCCUAGGGAAUUGGAGUUAAUAAAUUAUGAUGACAAUUGCAGUUGGUUUAUACGUGUACUUGUCGAAGCUGUGAAUUUCGAAAUUGAAAAUAGAAAGGUGGGAGGUGAAAAUUUUGGAAAAUUUUUUUUACACGUGUACAUCAAUAAUGUAAAUUAUAUGAGAAAUGCAAAUUGAAUGACAUACCGGGUGCUUAGUAAAUAAUGUGAACUUCUCGAGUACGGCCAGUAUACACGGUGGGGAGUCUGUAACCACAAGAGUAGGGAUUCUAUCGUCCUUAUCAGUUUAUUGCGUCCAAUGGCGAGCUUGAGGAAACAAUCGCCUUGAUAAGGGCGGCAUAUUCUCUAACUCUUGAAUCCUUAUGUCCCCAGUCAGCUUUGAUACGGAGGACAGUUAGGAAGCUAUUUUUGAGGAAAGUGCGUCUCCAAAAGGAAAAAUUAAAAAUCGAAAAAAAGUACGAUUUUCGAAACGCUUGCAGUACCUGUAUCGACAAAAUAAAAUUCUGAAAAAUCCAACAGGAUGAUAGUGAGGAGAUAAUCGUAAAAAACAAAAAAUCCUUGAGGAAUAAAGAAUCCUCAAGGAUAGUUAGAAAUUUUUAAUAGAAAAAAAAUUUCCCCCGAAAAAAUCAAAAAAAUAUUUUUUCCCUAUCAAUUCCAUCAUCGAAAUGACCACCGUUUGCAAGACAGCCAGAUCCUUCAGGAUCGACGAUCUGCUCGACAAGGACAAUAAUCGUGAAUCCUGCGAAAGGGAAAGGUCCAUCUCGCCUAGGAGUCCAUCCUUGAUCAACAGUGCCAAUACGCCACCCUCGACGCCAACGACGCCGACGACGCCGACGACGCCUAGUCAGAUCCCUUUCCAAGGACAUUGGCUGGCAAGACCUACCCCACUCUAUGCGCCACACUUGGACGAUCGAAGGCUCUACUCGCCCUACGACCUGCACCACAUGAAAGUACCGCCUAACAGAUUCUGGCAUCUGUAUUCCCCGUAUCAUCUGCCACUUCAGCACGGAUUUCUUGCGAGACUUCAUGCUGCACAUUACAGCAAAAGAAAAGGUGGCCAAGUCCGUUUCACACCGCAGCAGACAGCUGGACUGGAAAGAAGAUUUGGCUCACAUAAGUACCUUAGUCCUGAGGACAGGCGACAUCUGGCGGUGCAGUUGAAACUAACUGAUCGGCAGGUGAAAACGUGGUUCCAAAAUCGACGAGCAAAAUGGCGACGUGCCAAUCCUUCCACGUCGAACGUAAAUGGCGAGGAUCACAAGAGUAGGUGCCAGGCGGAAGGAGAGGAUUGUUUGAACGGAGAACAAGAGCCUUACGAAACGGAUUGCAGCAGUCCAAUUUCCGUUACGGAUUAAUUUUCUAAAUAAUUAUAGUCUUGGAUAUUUCGGCUGUUACCUUUGAAAUAACUAUGAAAGCUUUGCUUUGUGAAAUCGUCAAAACGAUUUUAUGAAUUUUUUAAAACUUUUUUUCUACCUUCUUCUUUUGAAAUUCUGGCUUUCUGUACGAGAAACCACUUUCCGGGAUCCAUUUGUAAAGCGGUAUAAUUUUCAUGAUAUAAUCCCUUUUUCGAAGCACGGGUACCGGAAAUGUUUCGUUUUUUCCUUCAAGUUCACAAAAUUCUCGCCGUCUACUUAAAUUAACAAUUGUUCCGGACAGAAAGUUAUUCGAUUAAUGAUUUAUUUGUCGGUACGAUAAUACAUGUGACGUUGAUAGCUACAAAAUAUAAAAUUGGUAUCAUACCUAAUUUAAGUAAGUCGAAGCUUCGUAUGACGUAAAGUUGUUACAUGUUUUAUAUUAAAAUGUGAAAAAUUAUGUAAACUGCCUUUGUACUAUGCCAAUAUUUAUUGCAUAACAAUUAUGUG